UAACUUCUCCCAAUUUAAAAGCCAUCCCUUUUCCCAUCUUAUAUAUAUAUAAACCUCAAUUCCCUUCCUUUCUCUUCAAAUUGCUUCAUCAAUUAAUGUCUCGUAUUCGUCGUCAUCCUGGUUUCGCCGUCACCAAUGGACUUGGAACCUUUUCGUGCCAAAGAUGUCUUCAAACUGUACGACAAAUAAAUCACAACAACAUUAUCUGUACCAACUGCUCCGAUCAAUCGACAUCUCCAACUUCCCAUUUGUUGGGAAUGCUAGCAGCCCAAAUAACCCACAAUCCUGUCCCUCGGAUAGAGGAAACCCACAAUCCUGACCCUCCUAUCGAAGAAAACUCGUUUACAUCUAACAUUCGCGAGUUAAUACAGAAUUACAAUCGACCGGGCCCACCGCCUGCCCCCUCAUCGGCAAUAGAAGCCUUGCCCAUAGUGAAGCUCGGGCGAAUCGAUAAUAAUAAUAAUAUAUACGAGGAAUCUGAAUGUCCGAUUUGUAAAGAAGGGUUUGGUUUCGAAGAAGAGUUGAAGAUUAUGCCAUGUACGCAUUUUUAUCAUGUUGAUUGUAUUGUUCAUUGGUUAAGGCUGCAUAAUUCAUGCCCUAUUUGCCGAUAUCAGUUAAGGGGUUACGACGAUGAAGAUGACGUCCACAGUGAAUAUGAUUAUGGGUCUUUAGAAUUUCAGUUUGAUGAUAUUGGGGAUUACUUUAGAUGGUCGUGGAACCAGUUACUCUCGGUUUGGCCUUUCCGUUGGUUGAACGAUGAACUUAAUCAUCAUCGUGAAGGUGAGACAUCUUUGAUUUCAUUUGUUGGUCUUUCUAUCGCUUUAGAUUGACGUUCUUUUCUUUUCUCGUAUUUGGUAGAAACGAAUCCAUGGUGGCGCUCUUGGCUAAUCAUUUAGUUGCAGGUAAGUUGGUAAAAAAAUGUUAAAUAUUGUGGUGAUUUGAAAACAAUUUCUUAAUUUGGGUCAGAAUCCUAAUGUGAAAUUUGUAUAUAAAUUUAUUUGAAAACAGAACUUACUCAAACACAAUUGAAAAUUUCGCAAUGGAAGCAAUGUUUUUUUUGUAUAUAUAGAAAAUUAACACGACCCUCUACAAUAAUGACUCACUAUUUCAACUCAAUGCGAUCUUAACGGGGAAUCGAACCCGAGACUU